UAAUUGUCGUCUGCAAUAUGAAUCCAACUGUCUCCAUUGUUCUUGUCGCCUUCUUCUUCGCUGUGGCCACAGCCGCUCCGCAGCCUAAUCAGGAAAGACCUGAGGACCCUGAACCCGUUGUAACUGUGACGACAUGCGGCGGCAGUGUGAACGCUUCAUCUACCUCGAUCGAGUUUCAACUUGGCGGAUCAAUCCGCGCCGAUAUGCGGUGCAUUUGGCUUGUGCAGGCUCCUUACUUCAGCCAAAGGUUCACCCUGGUAGCUUCGGGGCUUCAGGAAACCGACGGUCUUUUUAUUACCCCGGUGUUAUGGGAUGGGCUUGGAACCUCACAAAAAUUAUCUACACUUCGCCAGAACUUAACUCUAACAUCAAAAAGCGUGUUGAUCACUUUGAUUGUUGGACACGCCCCAACGCUUGGAUUCAAAAUGGUAUAUUAUGCAAGCGGUUCCUCCGUGUUUCCAAAUAUUACCAGUCACGCAAUCUUGACUACGUCGAAGGGAAAUUUGACCUAUCCCAGUAACGGCGGACUUUAUAGGAUUAACCAGAGGGUCUUGUUUCCUAUUGCCCCAAGUGUCCCGGGGCAGCCGACCCUUCGCUUUACGAGGGUAGAUAUCGAACCAGGUUCUUCCUGCCAAUUUGACUGGACUAGGAUUUACAAUUGGUUUGAUGGCGAUUAUCGUCAAGUAGCGAUAUUUUGUGGGGGUACAAUUCCAACCAGUGUAACGUUCCAGGAUGGCGCGGGCGUCGUCUUUUUUUAUUCAGAUUCUAGCGUCACCGGGACUGGAUUCGACUUCCAAUAUGAGUAACGCAUUAAACGCAGUAACACAUUUAAAUUGAUGAACACAUUGUAGAUUGAACUUUUGUGUAAGAGGGACAAAUUAGCAAUUAUAUUUAUUUGUGGCGAAUAAAUUCAAAAUUUUUGUGCA